GGUUCACCGCCGAGAGGAAGGAGUGUGACUGGAAGGAGCUUGUCACUCCCUAGCAGUAGCAUUAACCACAACCUCAGCAUCCAAAUCGGAAGGCAGAAGACAAAAACUGAAUGGUAUAGGUCAGACUUAUUUCCCUCAGGCUUUCUUUCCUGGUUGAAAAAAAAUCAGAAAACAUGCCAGAGCAAAGUAAUGAUUACAGGGUGGUGGUGUUUGGAGCAGGAGGAGUUGGCAAAAGUUCACUGGUCCUGAGAUUUGUUAAAGGGACCUUCAGAGACAGUUACAUCCCUACAAUUGAAGACACUUACCGGCAGGUGAUCAGCUGUGAUAAGAGCAUAUGCACUUUGCAGAUUACCGACACAACAGGGAGUCAUCAAUUUCCUGCCAUGCAGCGCUUGUCUAUUUCCAAAGGACACGCAUUUAUUUUGGUCUUUUCGGUUACCAGCCGGCAGUCUUUGGAGGAACUCAAACCCAUUUAUGAGCAGAUAUGUCAGAUCAAAGGGGAUACAGAGAGCAUUCCAAUCAUGCUGGUGGGAAACAAGAACGACGAGGACCACAACCGAGAGGUACAAACCACUGAUGGUGAAGCCAUGGCCAAAAAAUGGAAGUGUGCCUUCAUGGAGACCUCAGCUAAAACGAACCACAACGUCAAAGAGUUGUUCCAAGAGCUGCUGAAUUUGGAGAAACGUAGGACUGUGAGCUUACAAAUUGAUGGCAAGAAAAGCAAGCAGCAGAAAAGGAAAGAGAAACUGAAAGGCAAGUGUGUGGUCAUGUGAAGGAAUCCUUAUUCUGGAGCAGUCAUGCCAAUGUCGUCUUCUAACUGUACCAGAUUUCAUGCCCCUAAGCCAUGGGAAAAUUGGUGAAAACUGUUUUAUUAAUAGCAAUUUGGAAAGAAAAGUACUUGAAUCAAUGAGUUGUUUGAAGUAAAAGUACUUUCAAGAAGUUGUCUUUUCAUAAAUUAGCCAUUAACAAGAACAAUAAAUUGUUCCAAAGGCACAAAGGUGUCUAACUUCCAGAUCAGAAAUAAUAAUAUGUCCAUGUUCACUGGCAUUACUAUUGCAAUGAAAGGAUCUGGUAACUAACCAUUUAAAGAUAAAUGCUAGUGUUAUGUACAGAAUCAUGAACGAUGCAUGUGGGUGUGUACUCACAUCCAUACACACAUAUUUGGCAUUAGGGAAAUGACUUUCCUAGACUGUAAUUUUUUUCUGCUUCUACUAUGUCUUGUUUUUUUCUCACUAAUUCCUUACCCUCCUAAGUAAUGUAUAAAAUAAUCCUCCCUCUUGUACCCAGAAGAACUGCUGGAUGCAUGGGCAAAGCUCAAUAACCUUCAGUUCUCUUGCAGAUAGUUCAGUUCAGAGACUGCAAUUCAACAUGGCAUGGAAAUUAUUAGAAAAAUAGGAUACCUGGGAGAGGAAAUAUUUUUGAUCAAAGGGUAAAAUUAAACAAUGUUUCUAUAGUUCUUAACCUUCUGUAUAUUUAUUUGUACCAAAUACCAAAUAAUACUAAUGAUGUUCUAUAAUCUGAAGAAUUUCUAAUUUAUAAAUUUAUUGAGGUGAAUUACAGUUAUAAUCCAUCAAUUGUGAAGACUUAAAACAAUUAAUUUACUAUAGACUGAUUAGGAAUAUUUGUGCUGGGGAACAAUCAUAUGUUACUUGGAGGGCAACCAAAGAGCAUACUUGUCUCUAUGGCAUAGACAGGGAGAUCCAUACUUUUAUGCCAGAAGUGCACUGAUACAAAUAUGUGGAUGUUUUCUCUGUAAUAUUCAGCCUCAGGACGAAAGAAGAAUGGUAACAUCCAAACACUAGUUCCAAAAUCUGAUUGUUCCCUAGACACAUAAAUAAAACCACUGAGACUACACUAGUCUGGAGUUGGUGCAGAUAAUAUUUUUUAUCAGUAAUGGGAAGAAGUAAAACGAAAUUGCUUGCUAACCUUCCCCUUAAAAUAGACAAGCAGUACAUCCCACUCUGGUUGCAGCAAACCACAGAAGUUGUGAAUAUGGCUCCACCAGGAAAUUUUAAGUGACUCUUGGAAUUAGGAAAUUUCAAAAACAAUCUCCUUCCUCAAUAAAUCAUUUUUUGUGCACAGUAGACAUCAAGGAGUAUCACUAAGGUGGAAAUGGAUUAAACAUUCUCAUGAGUGGGUUGGCCCCACCAUAUAGGGCAAAGACACACUACCAAAACACUUGGAUAUCCAAGAACUCAAAAAGUUGUUAUCAGGUUAUCAUUUCUCAUGUGAGAAAAGGGAAAAACAGUCUUAAGUAUAUAUUUUAGGAAAGGAGGAAUUGAAUUUAAAUGGAUCCUCCAUGAAAAUUGGAGGGAAGAUUAGACAGGAAAAAAACCUCAUCCUCGUCAUACUCUCAACAAAUCUAAGCUGAAGCUUCAUUUUAAAGAUGAAUCAUUUAGUUAUGUUUAGUACCAAAGAAUAAUAAUCUUAACUAUGUUUCAUAGUAAUCAAAUAUUAAUUUAAUUUUUCUUCCUUCCACACUAUCCAUACCAUUUCUUGAAUUGGUCUCUGGUUUGCCCUUCAGGCCAAAUAUGGCAUACCCCUUGGAGAAGACUGUAAGAUUCUUUGAACCUUAUUUGCAAAUAGAUAUGGAUUCAAGUUAGCCUUGAUUAUUUUAGACAACUGAAACCUCUGCAUUUAUAUUAUAGCACAUUAAUCAGAACAUUUCUCUGAUUAAUAUGAGGAGAAUGGAGUCUUUUGAGCGGUAUAUUGGUAUUUUAGCAAAUGCAUAUAUAAAAAGUGAGGCAAUAUAGCAAAAUAUUCAUAAAAAUAGGAUGUGUGUUUCACUGUGAAAGUCACUGAAGAGGUGCUUUUAAUGCAUUGUCCGUUUUUAACUAGGUAUUGCUCAUGAUGUUGUUAAUGGUGUGAAUCCUUCCAUCUUAGCUGCCCAAACACCUUUCUGUUCUGCACAAAAAGAAUAAUUUCAGGCAAGCAAGGAUCCGGCCAUAUGAAACCAUAGCUCAUUUCAAAUGAAACAUAUUUUUUUUUUCAUUUUUUGUAGAGGAGAAAUAAAAAUGGAUGAACCUAAGGUGAAGAUAGAUGCCCUUUAUAAAUGUUUGAUCUUGAUAGAACAAAUGUGUGUGUGGGGAGUGAAGUGUUACAGCAGCAACUUGCACCUUUAAACAACACACAUUCAUUUGAACAAGAAAAUCUGUCUUCUGAUGUUCCAGUAAAGGAGGGGUAGGAGAGGAAUACAACUUUAAUAGUGCUCCUCUCAUAUGGUUAUUUGUUCCAGACUGAAUGCCGGAGAUGAUUAAUGGUGUUCUCUGAAAUGGGGUGGAAAUUAUUUUGACACCCAUUCAGUACAUGUUGAAGCAAUUGUUUUCAGGACAUCAAAGCCUGUUAAAACUUCCUCCACAUUUAGGAACUGUAAGAUGGAUCCAAUAGCUUCUUUUUUUGUCUGAGUCAGAAUCUCCAGGAGAAGGAAACCAAGGAGACCAAGAACCAACAUCCUUAGUCUAUUAGUGAAAUCUAGUGUCAAUUAGGAUUUUGUUGUAGCUUACCUUGAUGUGAGAACCAGCGGUGGGUUUCAAUUUAUUUUACUACUGGUUCGCUCAUGCACAUGUGUGUGUGCAAUGCUUCUGCACACGA